ACUGCGGGCAGCCAGGAAGAUUUCUGAAGAGCAAAUCAGGCUGCAGCUUUUUGGAACAACUGAGAGGCAGAUUACAGCCAUGAGUAAGGUCACCAAGAAAUCACUGGAGAGAAUCCUGCCGCAGCUAAAAUGCCACUUCACCUGGAAUUUAUUCAAGGAAAAGGAUACCUUAAGUCAUCUAGAAGACAGAGUGUGUAACCAGAUUCAGUUGCUAAGCACUGAAUCCAAAUCCACGAUGUACAACCUGCUGGCCUACAUGAAACAUCUGCAAGGUGAAAACGAGGCAGCCCUGGAAUGCUUACAGCGAGCUGAAGAGUUACUCCAGCGAGAGCAUUCUGGACAAGCAGAAAUCCAAAGUCUGGUCACCUGGGGAAACUAUGCAUGGAUCUACUAUUACUUGGGCCAGCUUGAAGAUGCUCAGGCUUACGUUGACAAGGUGAAAGAGGCCUGUGUGAAGCUUUCAAAUCCUUAUAGCAUCGACUGUGCUGAGCUUGACGCUGAGGAAGGAUGGGCCCAUCUGAAGUGCAAAAGAAAUGAAAGGGCUAAGAUGUGCUUCGAGAAGGCUUUGGAAGAGAAGCCUGACAACCCAGAAUUCUCCUCUGGGCUAGCAAUUGCAAUGUACCACCUGGAUUAUAAGCCAAGGAAGCAGUUCCCUGACAUAGCUCUGAGGGAGGCUAUGGAGCUGAGUCCCGAGAACCAGUAUGUCAAAGUUCUCUUGGCCCUGAAGCUGCAGAAAAGAAAUGAAGAAGCUGAGGGAGAGCGACUGAUUGAAGAGGCCCUGGAGAAGUCUCCUCAGCAAACAGAUGUCCUUCAAAGUGCAGCCAAAUUUUACAGCAAUAAAGGUGACCUAGACAAGGCUACUGAGCUCUUCCUGAGGGCCUUGGACUCCACCCCUAACAACAACUACCUCUAUCAUCACAUUAUGCACUGCUACAAGAAAAAAGUCACACAGAUGCUUCACACAGGAGAAUCUGAAGCCAACGGAGUUAGAGAGAAGAUUGAACAGUUAAGGGCCUUAAUUAUUGAGUACAAAAAUAAGGUUGUUGAGAAGAACCCAAGGUUUCUGAAUAUGCCCUGUGAUCUCACUGAGUUUGAGGAAGCAGAAGAAUGUUAUGAGAGGGUGUUCAGGAGGGAGCUUUCCAGUGCUAACAGGCAAUAAUUUUGUACUGACCUUAGUGACACUCAGCAAUAUUACAGGAAGUCAGAGGGCACCACAGUUAAAAAUUAUUUAGAGGGGCUUUUUAUAAGCAAAAUAUCAUCUGGGAAGAAAAAGAUGAAGCGCAACACAAGUGAAAAUCUACCUCCAUGAAAUGCACCAACCUCACAUCUGCAAGGGCUGAGCUGCAAGCCCAGGGGAGAUCUUCCCUGAGCCACAGGCUGUUAAGAGAAGGAACUGGGCCACCUGCUAACAGACGUGCCUUUGGGCACAGGGCAGUGUGCUCGGCCAGUGCCUGAGCCUGAAGGCAGCAGCACUGGAACGAGGUAGCUAUGCUUCCAGACAGCUUCCUGCAACAAAGAGGAAGAAGAGAAGCAAGGCACGUGGAGGCUCCACGUGAUGGUUGUGGGGUGGGAGAAGGCUGGAGGAAUAGGAG